AGUCAAACUGGAUAGAAUCACAGUACGGAGUACGGGCGCAGGGCUUUGGAUAAGACAGCUCUACCAAACUCGCAGCCUCUCGUGUCUUGUUCACAUCUGUGUUGGUGUGCAAGUUUCAAUGCGGACGGCAUCGACUCGCGCAUUGAACAAGUCCACAUGCCUCUUGCACCAGCUUCGCAAGACAGAAUCUGAAAAGACAUUCGGUCUUCGCCGCAAGAGUUUCACCCACCACGCAGUAUCUCGCCGGUCUAUCACCACCACCACCACCACCACUUCGACCUCCUCAUCAUGGAACCUCAGGGACCUUUCUCGGGUCUCGGAAGAGACCUCACCUCUGAUCUUUCAUCUGACCUCCGACAACCCCUACCACAACCUCUCGAUCGAACACUACCUUUUGACGCAUUCGCACCCUGAAUCCCGCCUUCUUCUAUUCUACACGAACAGACCGUGCGUCGUGAUCGGCCGUAACCAGAACCCGUGGCUCGAGACGGACCUGAACGCCUUACGACGAGGUUUGGUGCCUGAGCAGGGACAGGAAGAAGCCAUCAAGCCCACAGACAGGCGCCCGCCUGGGAACCUUGACCGGCAAAGAGGAAAUGGAAGGGCAACAACACCGGUCGACCUCGUGCGCCGACGCAGCGGAGGUGGGACCGUUUUCCACGACUCGGGCAACCUGAAUUACUCGGUCAUCGUGCCCAACUCGAAAUCCUUCAAGCGAGGCACGCACGCCGAGAUGGUGGUGAGGGCCCUCUUGUCGUCGCCCGGGGCCGCCGCGAGCUACGGGUCUGGCGACAUCCGCGUCAACGACCGGAACGACAUAGUCAUGCGGCGCGCGGCGCAUGGCCAGCCCGAAUGGCUCAAGGUCAGCGGGAGCGCGUACAAACUCACGAGGGGAAGGGCGUUGCACCACGGGACCCUGCUCUACUCGAGCCCGUACAUCCACAAGAUCUCGGAGCUGUUGAGGAGCCCCGGCGGGGAUCUCAUCGACGCCAGGGGGGUGGAGAGCGUGCGAAGCCCGGUGGGGAACCUCGCCUGGACCGCCGACCGGCGGCGGAGGGACACCCUCCGAGGAGAAAUCACUCGACACAUCAUCCGGGAGUUCUGGCUCAUGUACGGUGGUGGUGGUGGCGGUGUCGCCGACCAUGGCAGAAUGGCCGGGAUCGACGAGGUCACCCUGGGACCCGAGGAGUGCGACCACGACAAGAACCCCGAAAUAGCAGACGGCGUUCGCGAACUCAUGUCCAACGAGUGGCGGUUCGAACAGACCCCUCGCUUCGAGUUCGCCAGCGGUGUGCUCGACGGCGCCGAGGUCGAGUUGACUGCCAAUCGGGCCGUGGUGGAACGGUUGGCUUUGCACGAGGAAUUCGCCGGGGGUGAACGAUCCGAACGACCUCGGUCGACUGUCGAAUGGGACAAGACUGAUUUCGAUGGUGAGAUCAAGUUGCACGACGUACAGAGUUGGAAGAGAGUGUUGGGCGGCCAAAACCGAGAGACAGAGAGUCUUGGUGUCUCUGACGCACUUGUGAAGCGAAUCGAGGCCAUCUUCCCGAGUUGGCCUGCUUGAUAGAUGCUCAUGUAAUAAGAAAAAGAUAUACACCGUGCAUACAUCAUGUAAGAAUGGAAUCGUUGAAGGCUUUA